UUAUCUACCCUACGUACUAACAAUUCCAUUCGACUAUCGACCAUGGCCCAUUUUCACAACCAUAAUCUUAUUGUGUUUCUACAUUGGAGUUUUAGUAGCGACUGUUAUCAUUUCGGAAUCGUAUAUACUCGCUAUGUCAAUAUUAAAUUUGAAUGGCAGAUUUGCGUUGUUGGAAGAAGAGAUUCUAAAUUUAGGCGAUGAGGUAUUGAAGUUGGAAAAUCCGGAAACUAUAGCUGAUCAAUUCAACGAACGUCUAAUCGUGUUGGUCAAACGAAAUGUGAAUUUAAUUAAAUUUGCUGAGAAGCUGGAGUCACAGUUUACAUUUCCACUCUUCGUGAUGAUGGCCGACAGUGCGUUUGUGCUCUGCUUGUUGGCGUUUAAUGUACAUGAGAUUGGCUUUGCCACGGAUAGCAUUAAAUAUGUCAUUUGGUUACUGGCCAAGGUUUUAGAGCUGGUUGUACUCGGCUACUUGGGAUCCGUCACAUCUACAAGAGUUGAUGGACUUGGCACUACUUACUAUUCCUCGGGCUGGGAAAAAGUCAUCUACAAGUCAAACAAUUCUAAAGCUAAUGUACGAACUAUGAAACUUAUUACACGCGUAAUAUCUUUCAACCAGAAGCCAUUUAUGCUGACUGGCUUGGGAUUUUUCAAUGUGUCCUUGGAAACUACGCUUACAGUCAUACGAGUAGCUGGUUCCUAUUUUACAUUUAUCUGCUCAAUUCGUUGAAAGUUAA